CAACAUGUAACAACCAUCCAAACAAGGUGUAUUAAAGCGAGGGGUAUGGGGGUGGGGGGUGGAGCCCAAAAAUGGUCCUCUGCUUUGCUGGCUUCAAGCUCUCCAUUGUUGGUUUUUAAUGGGAUUUGUCUGCUCUGUGAGACCAUAGUUUUCAGUUUGGCCAUAUAUUGAACAAAUAACACUCCUUUUCUCUCUCUCCAUUUGAUCACUCUUUUUUUUUUUUCACUGUUGCUCUUUUUUCUUCUCUGUGUUUUCUUGAAUCUCUUCAUCUUCACCCUCAAACAAAAACAAACAAACAAAACUGUUCAUUACCCACUUUACUUCCCCUUUGAUUUGAUGGUUUCACAGAUCUAAACCUCUUUUCACUUUCAGAUCUUCAAAGUAUUUCAACAAAUGCAAAGUUGAGAUUUUUAAGAGGAAGUGAGUGUGAGUUCUGUCAGAUGUGGAGACAUUGGAUGGUGUUUUGGAUGAGAUGAGGUAUGAUAUCUGGAUUGAUGAACUUCUUGAGGGCCUGUUUUCAGCCAAGUGCUGAUGGACAUGUUUAUACAAGUUCGGAUGCCGGUGGUCGUCAAGAUGGGCUUUUAUGGUAUAAGGAUACAGGACAACAUGUAAAUGGGGAGUUUUCUAUGGCUGUAGUUCAGGCUAAUAAUCUACUGGAAGAUCAGAGCCAAAUUGAAUCAGGGUGCUUGAGCUUGCAGGAUUCUGGACCAUGUGGUACUUUUAUUGGAAUUUAUGAUGGCCAUGGGGGCCCUGAAACUUCAAGAUUCAUCAAUGAACACCUCUUUCAAAAUCUCAAGAGGUUCACAUCUGAGCACCAGUCUAUGUCUGUUGAGGUGAUUCGGAAAGCAUUUCAAGCAACAGAAGAAGGUUUUCUCUCUGUUGUGACUAGACAGUGGCCAACGAAACCACAGAUUGCUGCUGUUGGAUCAUGCUGUCUUGUCGGAGUUAUCUGCAGUGGAACCUUAUAUAUAGCCAACCUUGGUGACUCGAGGGCAGUCUUAGGGAGACUUGUCAGGUCAACUGGGGAGGUUCUUGCGAUUCAGCUCUCUGCAGAACACAACGUGAGCAUUGAAUCCGUAAGGCAGGAGAUGCAAUCUUUGCAUCCAGAUGAUUCACAAAUUGUAGUUUUAAAGCACAAUGUCUGGCGCGUCAAGGGGCUUAUACAGAUUUCAAGAUCCAUUGGUGAUGUGUACUUAAAGAAAUCUGAAUUCAACAGGGAACCAUUGUAUGCUAAGUUUCGCCUUCGAGAACCAUUUGGAAAGCCCAUAUUGAGUUCAGAUCCAGCAAUUUCAGUGCACCCUUUGCAACCUGACGAUCAGUUUAUCAUAUUUGCAUCGGAUGGUCUCUGGGAGCACCUACGUAACCAAGAUGCAGUUGACAUUGUACAAAAUCAUCCACGAAAUGGGAUAGCCAGAAGGUUAGUGAAAACUGCACUCCAAGAAGCAGCAAAGAAAAGGGAAAUGAGGUAUUCAGACUUGAAGAAAAUCGAUCGUGGAGUUCGUAGACAUUUCCACGAUGACAUCUCGGUGGCGGUUGUGUUCCUCGACUCUAAUCUCGUGAGCCGGGCUAGCUCCGUCAAGAGUCCUAAUGUUUCUGUAAAAGGAGGCGGCAUUAGUUUGCCUACAAAGACUACCCCAACAUAAGUUGGUGCAACUUUAUGAAGCUGUUGCAGAUGAUGUUGAUGUUGAUGUUGUUGUUGUUGUACUAUGUAUGUUGUGAAUACCAGGUAGCUUCUAAAAGUUCAAAAGUCAGGCCAACAAUUUUUUAAACUGUAAUCUAACUGAGACUAGUACUUGGAUUUAGUUCCUGUCCCUAAGAAAGGGACUGGAAAAAAAGUUGUCUUUACAAAUAUCAGUUUAAGUUAUUUUCUUGAAGUAA